AUGAAUAAAAGGCUGUGGAGGGACACAAUCCAUUACGGCGGACUUGGGGCUAUCACAUUACAUAAAUUUGCCGGAAUAUCUGGUGGCAGACAUUCCAACAGAGAAAUUACAGAACUGAUUUCUUCUGAUGAACGGUAUGAUGAUACUAAAAAAAAGAUAAUCAAAACUGACGUUCUUAUCAUUGACGAGGUGUCAAUGAUCAGUAGCAAAGUGCUCUGUCAAGUAGAAUUUUUAUUUAGACAUUUUAGGAAAACACAGAACUUAUUUGGGAGCAUGCAGGUGAUUUUGGUUGGUGAUUUUUACCAGCUUCCCCCUAUAUCAAAUGAAUUGUAUGGUGACUUUGGACACUAUUGUUUUGAGGCAAAGUUUUUCAACAGUACAUUUUGUCACAAGUUGGUGCUAAAUGAGGUACAUAGACAGAAGGAGAGAGAACUUAUUCUUGCUGUGAAUAGUUUAGAAAAGGGAAUUAUAAAUGAUGAUGUAGUUGCGUUUUUACAAUCUCUUUCUCGGUCACUUCCUCAAAACAUUUCUGAAGAAGCUUUCCAUUUAUUUGCCAGAAAUUUAGAUUCAGAUGUUUUAUCCAAGCUACGACAACUUCCUGGGGAAAUGACAACAUUUGCAUGUAAAGAAGAAGGUGAUCAUCAUUUUUUAAAUAGAAUUUUAGCAUCAAAGCAUCUAGGAUUGAAUCCAUUGUGUAAUGUAAUGCUGAUAUUAAAUUUAUCCGACACUCUAGUGAAUGGUUUAAUAGGCACUUUAAGUAAUAUUAAAUCUGACUCAGUUGAUGUAGAUUUUGCUGUAGAUGGUAAAACUGUUACUAUUAAUGUUGUAAAGCAUACUUUUUCAACAUAUGAUCAUGUGAAAAAGAAAAUAUUGGCAAAAAGGGAACAGCUUCAAUUGAAGCUAAGUUAUGGGAUAACAAUUCACAAGUCCCAAGGAAUGAGUUUGAAUUCGGUUAUUGUUCAUUGCGAGCUUAUAAGCUUCCCAGGACAGUUAGGGGUAGCUAUAGAGAGAGCUACAAAUGUAAGUGGACUUCACGUGAUUGGUUUUAAGAAACACCACUGCAAGCCACAACCUAGCAAAGUAAGCAGAUUCAAUGAUAUUUUAAACACUGCAUUUUUGGUAGACUCAUGUCGUCAUGUUCAAUUUGAUUUUGGUGUUGUUGACAAUAGUGAUACAUGUAAGAGUGACAGUCACAGUGACAAAAAUGACAGUGAGUGUGACACAAAUGAAAUUAUGGGGGGUUUGAUAAUAAACUACAAAGACUCCUUAUUUUCUAAUAAUGAUGAAGAUCUAGUACAAUUGAUAGAUGACAUGUUGUAUUACAGUCAUGACAGUGUUCCAAAAAACAUUAAAGAUGAAAUUGUGACUUGUAAAGAAACGCAUCAGUUAGGGACACUGCCAGAGGAAAUUUUACCUGCUGGCAGAGGUAAAAUCAGAUAUGUAGGAAGAUAUGUGAUUGCCAAACUAAACAAAGACAUUGUGUAUAAUUUUGAUUCAAUUCUCAUAUUAAUGCCAAAGGUGUGUGACUUGUUCAUGAAAGUCUGCAUAAGCAAAUUUAGAAAGGACUAUCUGUCAUAUUUGAAGAAAGAAAAAGGUGUUGCACUGAGAAAGUUAUGCAAAAGUCAUUAA